AAAUUCAAUAGUUGACGAUGUGACAUGUAGAAUAAACGUCUGACCCAGAAGACAGGUCUCUUGCCGUCUUGGGGGUAAAGAAAAAGUGUUGGUCCAAAAAUAAGGACCUGUCUUCCCUGAGGGGCAAAGCUUCUGUCCUUGAGGACUAUGCUUUAGUAAAUAAAGGGACUUAAUGGAGAAAAUGAUGUGUAUUGUUCAGCAAUGGGGAAGAUCUGCCUGAUGUGGAUUGAAGUAGUAAUUCCCCCUUUUCUUUCUCAAUGAUGACUUACAACAACAUGAUGUGUCACUGUAUAACAUAAUGGCUUGCAGUUGGUUUUCGGUACGGACGUCAUUGAUUGACCUUAGCUUGUAACAGGAACCUCAAACAUCGGCAUUCGUGACUGAUGCGAGCAAAUGACAAGUGCUGUCGCUGUACGUGUCCAUGUAAACAAAGGUUGCUUUAUCCGACACAAAUAGAACUAUGUGUUGCAGACUUUUCGGUCGUAUACGGACAUGACUUCCCUCGGAAAUUAAAGCCAAUUUCGUGACUCGCAUACAGCAUCUGGAUAGAACCUUUGAGCAAGGUCAAUUGAUAAAAGAGCACAGACUCAAAGCUUGUAUUAUGCCAACAGAAAAUGGCAGUUUAGUCUACUCAGGUUGCUAAAGGUUUCUUCACGUUUGUAAACAACUUCGACAAUGUGCAUGUGUUUCAUGCUAACAUAUUUGCAUAUGUUGUCCCAAGCGUAUUAGCAGUUGUCAGAUCAUUUAAACAAGUGCUUGGUGGAUGUGUUUACGUUGUUAAUGCAUGUGUCUUUGUUGGCACCGUUCCAUAGACAUUGGAAGACCUUGGAAGCUUUUACCCCACAUCUGUGACUCCGCGGUCUCAUUGCCGGCCAGUGACGUACUCCUCGCGCCCUGUCAUGACUUCGACCGGAUCCUUGAGCGUAGUUUUCGCAGUGUUGUCGCUCUGUGUGAAGGCCCAGGAUGCGUACCCAACUCGGACAACACGUCUGGGCCGCGUGUCGGGCAGAACCGUCGCCUUCGAGGGCUCGACAGUAGAAGAAUACCUCGGCAUUCCUUACGCGGCUCCCCCGACCGGCCCUCUCCGCUUCAGGCCGCCCCAGCCCGCCCAGCCAUGGGACGGCGUAAGGAACGCCUCGACGUUCGGAGCCUCGUGCAUGCAGACCAGGACACAGUACGGACCAGUGUCGGAGGACUGCCUGUUCCUGAACAUCUAUGUACCCGUCAAUGGCUCGAACGCAACUCAGAGUGCAGCGGUCAUGGUGUAUAUUCAUGGCGGAAGGUUCAACUUUGACACGGCGUUGUCGUUCAACGGCAAGUGCUUGGCUAGCAGGGGCGACGUCAUCGUGGUUGCCAUGAACUACCGGCUGAACGUAUUCGGGUUCCUCAGCACGGGGGACCGGAACUCCCCGGGAAACUACGGACUCAUGGACCAGCGGGCAGCCAUCGUCUGGGUGAAGGAGAACAUCCACAACUUCGGCGGGGAUCCUAUUAGGAUAACAAUCUUCGGAGAGAGCGCAGGCGGCAUGGCCGUCAGCAUGCAGCUGAUAUCUCCCAAGACAACAGGUUUGUUCCAGCGGGCCAUCUGUCAGAGCGGCGUCGCCAUGACACCCGGAGCUAUCAACUACAACCCACUCGCAUUUACCAAGCAGCUGUGCGACUACCUGAACUGCGGGACGGAGGACCCAGCCGGGAUGGUCUCCGCGCUGAGGGCGAAGGGCGCGGACGAGCUGACGCAGGCCGCUGCUGUGUUUACCGGUAACUUCACCAGAAGGGUAUGGUUGCCUGUGGUUGACGGGGACUUCAUACCGGAGGAGCCAGCUCGUUACUUGGAGUCGGCAUCUCUGGACUCCCGCCAGCUCCUCAUCGGGUGUAACAACGACGAGGGCGGCGGGCAGCUGGGGGAGGGCGCCCCGGCGUCCCACAUAGUGGACAGGCAGAGUUUCGAGUUCUACCUGAAUUCGUCUCUCUUCCCGACCUACCCCAAAAACACACAGAUGAUCAUGGAGGCAGCGACGUACGAGUACGGAGUUUGGGACGAGACCGAUCCCGAGACCCUCCGCCGGGCGUUCGCGCAGAUGUACGGUGACUUCGAGUAUCUGGCCAACACCGUGCAGAAGGCAAACCUGUAUUCACAGCGUAACCACCCCACCUACAUGUACCUGUUCACCCAUCGCCCAUCAUUCUCCACCUUGCCGGACUAUGUCGAAGCGUCACACGGCCAGGAGUUGUACUUCCUCUUCCUGGACUUACGCGGGAACAACCCCGAUAGUCUGAGCGCAGAAGAAAAGGAACUAAGUCGGGUGAUGAUAAAGUACUGGACUAACUUCGCUAAGACGGGCAACCCAAUGUUGCCGUCUGCGUCGGAUCUGCCGACCGUCUGGCCGCUGUACGUGCCCCGCUUCGGACAGCCCACCACAAAACAGUACCUGACGCUGAAGACCAACAUGAGCGGAGACGACGUCAGCAGUAGCCUCAGACCCAAGAAGAUCUACUUCUGGACUGAGGUAGCGCCGGCUCUGGAGUCCACUGUCCGGUCUACUUGUGAACCAGGGACCAACGCCGCAUCGCCUGCAGCUAGCUCGAGAGCUACAGUGUGGCGCUUUUGUGUGAUUGUCGCAGCACUGUGUUUUAUCAGAUAGUUUUAGAUAGAUUGGUGGUACAG